CCUGCUAAGCUAGCGCCGCCGGUCUCCCUCCAGCCGCCACCAUGAUCAUCUACCGGGACCUCAUCAGCCGCGAUGAGAUGUUCUCCGACAUCUACAAGAUCCGCGAGAUCGCGGACGGGCUGUGUCUGGAAGUGGAGGGGAAGAAGGUCAGUAGGGCCGAAGGGCACAUCGACGACUCGCUCAUUGGUGGGAACGCCUCCGCUGCGGGCCCCGAUGGCGAUGCAGCAGAAAGCACCGUGGUCACUGGGGUUGAUAUCGUCUUGAACCAUCACUUGCAGGAGACCAGCUUCACCAAAGACGCCUACAAGAAGUACAUCAAAGACUACAUGAAAUCCAUCAAAGGCAAACUUGAAGAGCAGAAGCCAGAACGAGUAAAGCCCUUUAUGACAGCGGCUGUCGAACAAAUCAAGCACAUCCUUGCAAAUUUCAAAAAGUACCACUUCUUUCUUGGUGAGAACAUGAAUCCCGAUGGCAUGGUGGCUCUGCUGGACUACCGUGAGGAUGGUGUGACCCCGUAUAUGAUCUUCUUUAAGGAUGGCUUAGAGAUGGAGAAAUGUUAACAUGCUGGGCAACUCACGACCGACCGAUCACCUCUCAUCCUACCCGGCUGCUGCGCAUCCACACACCAGGACUGAGACAAACAGAACUGAUGCCAUCGUGAGUUCUUCAUUUACUUUUGAACUUGAUUUAUUUGGAGCGGAGGCUUUUUUUUUCUAAAGGAAAAAAAAAAAACCGUUGUGUAGGUUGUCUAAAAAUAAAAUGCAUUUAA